CGUCCAUCUAUCCAUUCAUUCUGGCCUCGCCCUGUACACGCACCUCACAUACUUACACAUACACACACACACACCACACGUGUUCGUGCGCAUCCAGUUUAGCAACCUAAGCUCUCGACACAGAGUGCAGGCCAGCACACCACAGCCCGCCCAUCGAAUCGAAUCGAAUCGACAGCAGCUGGCUUUGUGGCCGGCCGGCCUGAAAAACGUGCACAGGGACUGACUGUCCGUCUGCCUGUCCGUCCGUCCGCUUGUAUGCCUAUACGCAUCCAUCGCCAUGAUGGGUAUGCCACAGCGCCCGCACUCACGCAUAGCUCGCAUACAACUCAGUGCACGACACACAGCAGACAGACAGACGGUAGGUAGGUAGGUAUUCACACACCACACAGGGGGUGCCUGGCUGCCUGGCUGCCUGGCUGGGAGACACAAACGUUUAACACAUGUGUCGGACGGAUGAUGGGAAAACCCGCCGUAUACUCACUCUAUCGACAGGAGCGGCACACACAUGCAAUUUGCACCAGACAGAAGUAAGUAGUUUAGUUAGUAGUGAGUGAAGCGAUGCGUCUCUCGGCUUGCUUGCGAGUCCGCAGGCAAACAGGGAGUGAGACAGACAGAAGAAGAAAUUCAGAAAAAAGAGACUUAAACAUGUUAUCUAUCGACAGGCACAUUACACAUCACACAUCACACAUCAUACAUCAUAUGUUCACACAUUACACAUCACACAUUAUACCGCCGUCACGUCACGUCACGGCAUAGCACACCUGGCAUGUUAGGUCAGGUGUGCACAAAAAGUCGAGGAAUCAAUCAAUCGUCCUAUCUACCUUAUCUGUUUGCAGUUGGUUAGUUAUAUACGCCGCCCUAGCAGUGCGUUGUCUAUGUAUGUUGAUCCAUCGGUGGGUGGGUUGGGUAGGUGUGGCUAUUUCCACAAGACAGCGAGGAAGGGGUGAGCAUGUGAUGUGCACAGACAGACAGACACACAGACACACAGACAGACAGACAGACACACAUACACACAGACAGACAGAGGGUGAAAAAGAGACAGACAUCGGCCAGCCAGAAUGGGAUAGCAAAGUAGAGUAGACACACAGACACAGACACAGACACCCACACAUGCAGCAUUCAUUCACAUGCUCAGAAUGGCCGGAAUCCCAGAGAGGUCGGCGUCUGGUAAGUGGCUGCCACCCACGACCUGAUCAAUCAAUUCGAGAGACACACAAACACAGCCAUCCCUCCUUGCAUCUCUCUCUCUCUCUCUCUGUGUGUGUGUGUGUGUGUCGCACAUGACAUUGAGCACCAGCUCCUCGGGCACUAGAGUGAACACCUCACCAUCAGGAGAACGUACCUGCAGCACACACCACAUCACACACAGCUUAAGAGAAGGCAAUGGCCGCAGUGCAGUGCAGUGACGUAUGGAAACAUACAUAUACAUACCGGCAGCCCGGUGUUGUUGGUGCUGCGUUUGGUCCUUCUCCUGGGUGGUGGGCUGCCCAUGGCCGCCCCCAUGCACAGCUCAGACUUGCAGGCGCGGUGGCCGAACUGGUGCACCAGGUCCACCGUCCACCCAAAGGUGUCCAGGGGCAGGAAAUGGCUCUCGGCCUUGUUCGCCCGCCCCUCCAGCCGAAACAGCUGGUCGUGCACGUUCAUGGCCACGUCGCCGGGGUCGGUCAGGAUCGUCACCACCUGGCCCCCUCUGCGCCUCAUCUUGACGCGCAUAAUCUCCUCCUCGCUGCACCACUGAGAAUGGUCGUCGUCUCCACACCCGCCCUGCAGCACUGCACGGAUGCGGGCGCGCAGCUGUCCGCUGUAGGUGCGCCUGACGCCGCCAACGCCCUCACCGCGUGGCGUGGCCUUGCUGGAGGGGGGCGGCAUCAUCUCAGCUGCCCCACCCCUCGCUCCCUUGCGGAAGAUUGUGGCCUGGCUGCGGCGCGAUGAGCGUUUGUGAGGUCCGAUGAGGCUCCAUCCGGUGUCAGGGACGCCCAGUGCUGAGUAAACAGUUCGCUGGAUGUUGCCGGUGUCCUCAUCUGAGACACUGCGGCGCUCGGUUGGGUAGCCCAGACAGGGGAUGGAGGCGAUGCGGUCGGUGCAGAUGGUCGUGCUGUGGGGUGGGGGAGGUGUGGGGGUGUGGGAGGGAGUGGGGGUGGGAGGGGAGCUGUGAUGUUGCUCCUGCUGCUGCUCGUGCUGGUGGUGGUGGUGCUGUUGGGGUGCAUGGUAGCUCUCGCCGCUGCUGGGCAUGGUGGUGACGGACUCGCACUCUGUGGCUGUUGCAGAAUUCGAAUCACCGUCUCCACCCACACCCCUCCUCGCCGCACUGCUUGCUGCACACAAACACACGCAGCGACAGCGGCGUUGUCACUCGUGUGUUGGUGUGGGUGCAUUGUGGUUACCAGGUGAGCAUGACCCCGCUUCAGACACCACCGAGACGCCGAACCGUUUGGCCAGCAGCUGUGCUCUGACGGCGAUGUUGAGCGAGAGAGUGAGAAGGUUGACGGAGCAGGUCUGGCCGCUCUUGACGUUGAAGUAGGUGCACGGCUGCAGCGGGCUGGGCCACGUCGCCGUCCUCUUCUUGGACGCCCCGCCCACUAUCAGCGCCGCACACCCCACGUCCUCGGUCCUCUCAACCACACGCCGCCAACCGAAGUCGGGGUCGGGGUGGAACACCUCCACGUCGAUGUCAUCACCGUACUCGCCGUCACCGGCUGCACAGCACAGGCAGUCACAACACAGUGAGGCGCGUGUGUGUGGCGUGUGUGUUGACUGACUGACUGCCUGCCUGCCUGACCAGGUGAGCUGCCUUUGCGUUUGAAGGUGAUGGCUUUGAGACCGCUUGAGGCGCUUGAGGCGCCACUGACCUUCCUCUCGCCCAGGUGGCUGCUCCCGCAACCCAUCCUCCUGGCUCAUCCACUCCUCUCUCUGCCUCUCCCACCAACUGCCGCUCAACGGCUGAACUUCUGCUGCGAAGUGGGGGGGGCGGCCUGAAUCGCAAGAUUCGUGCCUCAGCAGCGAUAUCCUUCCUAUCGCCGACGCAGCGGCAAGCCUGCCGUAUUCCCCUCUGCCG